GAUAAAAUUGUCACAAAAAAGCAACAAAGGAAAGGCCCAACACCAUAUAACUAAUUGUAAGAACCUGCCUUUAGGUUUUAAAUCAAAUAUUGAAUCAUUUUUCAACUUUUCGAUUUUAUUUAAAAUUUUGUAAAUUCAAAAAAUUUACUUAAUCAUGAUAGAUAUACUCAUGCAAUUUCAAAUGACUAUAAAAAUGAGAUUAAUGCUUAAUUUCUUUGGCAAAAACUGAAUGGCAGGCAAUAAUGCUGGACACAUAAUUUUGCAUUUCAGCCACCUCUUUCUGACACAGACCAAUGAUGGUUUUUUCUAUCUGGGAGGCCAAAUCGGCUUUCUUCAUCCUGGUACUAAAAGCCUUCAAUGACCAAAUCAAAAUUGUUGCCUAUCCUCCCCUGUCCACACAGGGUCUCUGGAGGGGACUGGCCAGUUCCACCUUUCAUCUGAUGAGGAUCUUUCCUUGCACUGAGUCUCUCAGUUUUCCAAGGCCCAACCUGGAGUUUCUUCUUGGUACUGCAGUCCUAGGGCUCCUCUUCCCUUUCUGAGUACCUCCUCAAGACUCUAGGUUUUCCCCAGGGCCCUUUUCUCUGUGUGAGUUUUCUAGGGCCUCUCCCAGUACAGGAAGUUCUCCCAGAGACUUUCAUCCCAAGAAACUCCAUUCAGUCACAAGCUACAUACUCAGCGUGCUUUGCGGUUUGCCCUUGUACCAACAGGACACUGUCCGCACAGAUAUCCCUCCCCCAUAGUUUCUGGGCUUUUCCAUGAUCCUUCUGGGGUCCAGGCCCCCAAAUCUCCAGGUGCCACCAUCCCCAAAGGCCGCUGUUCUCUCCCUCCUGGCCCGGGAGUUGGUGGCUCCUAUCCGGCUGCAGGCCAGCGGGGGUCGGCAGUGACUCACUGAAAGGCGGGUGGCCRAGGAGCCGGAAUGUGCUCACUUCCUCAUCCCGCGCACCUGCCUGGUUCCGCUGGAGCGCUGCCCGGUUGGGCCUCCGGCGGAUGUUUUCCUUGUUACUGCGCUGGCAGUGCGUGCCAACCGCUGUGCCCCCCACCACUAGUGCCCCAAAUGGCSAUUUCCCUGGUACUCAGAGGGCUGGACCCCAAGCACUGACACUCCCUACACAUGGACACACUAAUAGGAAUGCAUACUUGGAUCAACCAACACCUCCACACCCACCCCUCUAACUUCUGGGAGAGAAAUCCUGGCUCACCAAGCCUCUUUCCCAAAAGCCCCCUAUUCCUGCCCCUAUAUACUGACUGCAUGUCCAUUGCAGGCGAAAACCCUCACUUUUCCUGUAUCCACAACCUCACACACCAAUGAAUAGUAGGCCCCUUCACCUUCCAGCAUCACCACCGCCACCUCCAUGCGCUCCUGCUCUCCACUCCCGCCUGCCACCUAUAGAGUCGGCCCCAGGUUGUAGUCUAUGGCUCAGCUUCCUAGACAUUGGCUGGACCCCACCAAAGAUAGCCGCAGAGAUACUGACAAUUGACAAGACUCCUGGGCCUUUGUGCCAGAUAGGGCUUCUAAUUCCGGGGCUCCAACCAAAUGAGCAGUCGAAGGCCAUGGUAUUCCACACACCAGCCUACCUCAGGGCACCCUGCUGCAAUUGUGAGUUUUCCUUUCUUUUCUUGGCACUCCUCUGAAAGAAUAUUUUGAAAGAGGAUUGCUAGGGAGUUUGAAGUGCACUGAAAGUCAUUUCUGAAUGGAGAAGAUGUUGACAGACAGGGUGGUCCUCUGAAAAAGUUUGCUAGAAGUAUUUGUACCUACAGGUGACAGAGUAAGUCUUGAAGUAAAUGGAAGCAGACAUUUAGGAGGAAAAAUGGUAACAAUGACAGUGAUCAGCCCCAUGAGUAGGAGGGGAAGAGCUGGAGCAUGGGCCUUCAAAGUGUGGAAAAGUCAAAGAAAUCCAGUUUGACCAGGGCCUUUAGUGACAAAAAGAAAGCUAACAUUAGAGUGAUCAGAACAUAGAACUUGAGCGGCCACAUCAGUAGGGAUGGAAAGAAAUGGAUCAGAAUCCUAAUGAAAAAAAAGUAGAAGCUCUAAAGUUAGCCAGAAAGAAAUGAGAAAGAACACCUCUUCCCAGGCAAGAUAUGAGGGCACUGAUAUGAGGAAAAAGCAGGUUGAUCAACAACACUGUUUUUCAAACCAAACACUUGGAAUUCAAUAUUAGGACCCAAAUCAAAAUAUUCCUGGAUGCAUGUUUGAAGGAGGUGGUAGGGAUAACACAGAGCAUAUASAUGAAAGGGAAGAAGUUGGCUGUGAGAGAGCAGUCCUCAACAGAUGACCUUAGCUGUGCACAGAGCUACUCAGUGCCAUUCAAAGUAAAGAAUGUCACCCAUUUUGUCUGUGAGCUUUAGCACCAAUACAGUARCUAUGUGCCAGACGGUGCUAAGAAUAUUCCCUAUGCUAUUGCAUAACAACUCUAUGAUGUGGCAUUACUAUCCCUGACUUAUAGAUGAGGAAAUAGGCUGAGAGAGAUGAAGUAACUUGCCCAAAGUCACAUGGCUAAUAAGUCAGGAUCUGAAUCCCAGUAGCCUAUCUCUUUGGCCUAUGUUCUCAAUUACCCAUCUGAGUCCUUCAGAACCUGAAGGAAACUCAAAGGAGAAUGCCAAAAGAUAAAUUCCUGAAGCCUCAUUCCACCCUGAAUAAAGAAGGGGCCCCUCUGUAAAACAGGUGAUUCAAGCAGGUGAUUAGGGUGCCUAGAGAAAAUGCUCCUCUUUGAAAGGGGAACAGAAGUAUCCCCAGACAUGAGGCAGUCUUACAGCAGCUGCUUUAUGUUUGCGGGUGAUAAAUUAUGGAUAGCUCAUCUCUGGGAUGCCUGAGGAAAACACCCCUCACUCCCAACAUCUCUGAAGGGCAGCCCCGUUUCUUGAAUGCAUCAAAGAAAACCUGCCCCAGGAUCUGAAGGAAACAGACUCUCCACUCCAGGUGCCUGUUCGCUCUCCUGGAGCCUCUGGCUGUUGCACCCUGCUGCAGCUCCUUGGUUUGGCGAGGGCACAGAAUUAGCCAUCCCCAGGAAAUACCUCCCUCCGGUUCAGGCAGGGAUCCCAGCACACACACUCCUGGUGGUGGUAGUGGAGGGUGGGGUGGGGGAAGGUGGAAUGUUUCCUCUCUCCAGUUCAGGGAGAUCUGGGACCACCUGGAGCUCUUACCCCUCCCACCUCCUUGCUUGGGGAACUGCCCAGUCCAGUGCCCCUUCCACGGCCACCUCCCUCCUUCUAGCUGUGCUGGGGCAUGAAUCAGCUCUCACAGCUUGUUAAAGCUGGACCUCUUGUUUUCAUGCCCUCACCUCAGGAAACAGAGUUACAGCGGUUCCAGCUCUACUCAGCAGGAGGCCAGGGUCCUCACUUUAUAAACAUCCCAGCCUGUGAGAGCAGAGGGCAAGGAGAUGGUGUGAGAUAGGAGGCCAGGGAAAAAGAGCAAAACUAAAGACUCAAGGAGCAAAGCAAAGAAGAGCCAAAAAGACAAGAUCAGAGUAUCCUAAACAGAAGCUAAGAAGGGUCCAAGAGGGCAGUGCUGCAAGAAUGGCCCUGAUGAUGCUCUGGGCUGGACAGACCAAAGGGAUCCUAGGAGGCUGGGGGAUCAUCUGCUUGGUGAUGUCUCUACUCUUGCAGUACCCAGGAGUCCACAGCAAGUGUUACUUCCAAGCUCAAGCCCCCUGUCACUAUGAGGGGAAAUAUUUCACUUUGGGUGAGUCUUGGCUCCGCAAGGACUGUUUCCAUUGCACCUGUCUGCAUCCUGUUGGUGUGGGCUGCUGUGACACGUCUCAGCACCCCAUCGACUUCCCUGCUGAGUGUGAGGUACGUCAAGAGGCAGGAACCUGCCAGUUCUCCCUGGUGCAAAAAUCAGACCCUCGGCUGCCCUGCAAAGGGGGAGGACCCGACCUAGAGUGGGGCUCAGCUAACAYCCCUGUUCCUGGGGUUCCUGCUCCUCACUCCGGCUAAACUCAACUGAUCAUCUGUCUGCAGACUGCUCACUGCUGUUGCCACUUCCAGGGAAACCACUAGCAGCUGCCAAUUUAUUCUGAAUAAAUAAAUUAAUGCUAUAGCUGAAA